AUGCUGGUACUACUAGUUGCAUUCCUGUUCCCCGUGCUUCUCCAGGCUCAGCAAGUCAACGUGACAAUCUUUACCGAAUCUCAAUGUCCGUACUGCACAAAGCUUCUUCGUGAACAAAUCUGGCCAUUCUAUGUCAAUCGACCGGGUAUCAUGAACUUGCAGAUUGUUCCAUUUGGAAAAGGAGACUGUACAUAUGAUUACAACCGUAAUUUUCAUUGUACUUGCAUGCACGGAGCCACUGAAUGCGACUUGAAUCGUCUGCAGAAUUGCGCGAUUUCAUACUUCCCACGUCGUCAUCUUGGAUUAGUCACCUGCCUUCAAGGACUUACAACUUUGAGAGAAGGAUUCUCAAAGUGUCUUAGUAGAUUGUCACCAAAUACACAGAGAAAACUCAUCGAAUGCGCCACAACUCAAACUGGAGAACUUCUAAACUAUUACUCAAUGGUAAACACCCACAGAGCGGGAGUUAGAAUCUGGCCAACAAUGUACGUAAACGGAGUCUUCUUCGACCGUAGCUAUCCAGUUGAGCAUAAACUAUGCGAGCACACUGCCUGGUGCUAAACCUCUUUUGUUUGUAUUUAUUUUCACUUUUUCUAAAACUCAGGGUUUUGACUUGAUAACUUAUUGCUCAUUCAUUUUUCAACCAGUUUUUCUCAUCAUUUCAUUAAAUACUGUUUCAAAUUUUAAAGUAAAUUGUUUGUAUUUGAAGGAAAAUUUACUCGAAUUUCCUUUUUUUGUCUAAGUUUGUAAAUUUCAAUUAUCUAUGGCUCCUUAAUCACCAUAAAUAUAUUUAUAGAAUAUUCAUUUCUCAAUUGUUUUUACAUUGUUUGAAAAUAAAAAAAAACUGUCAGU